AUGGUUAGGUCUGGGCAAGGGGCGGAGGUGUCUCUGGGGACAGCUGUGGAGUAUAAGGUUAAGACUGGGAUCCUGUCAGAUGUGCUUAGACUGGGGCUUGGUGGAUCCAGAGGUCAAGGGGCCUUGUCUGGAUGCCCACUGCAUGCCAGGGGAUCUGGAGCUGCCUACGGCAAAGAUCUGCCCAGAGCGCUCCCAGUCUCCUUGAAGUCACAUGUGCACCGGCGUGGGCUCAUAGAACUGGCAGAGGCCAUAGACUGUGUUGGCCCCCGCAGCCCCCUGGCCUAUGUUAGCUACGGCUGCUAUUGUGGCCUGGGUGGCCGUGGCCAACCCCUGGAUGCCAUUGACUGGUGCUGUCAUCAUCAUGACUGCUGCUACCACCAUGCAAAUGAGGAGGCUGGCUGCAGGACCAAGGUGGAGCCCUACUUCUGGAAGUGCGUCGAUAAACGCAUCAUAUGUGGACCAGCAGAGGACAGAUGUCAAGAACUCUUGUGCAAGUGUGACCAGGAGAUUGCUUACUGCUUAGCCCAAACUAAAUACGAUUUAAAGUACCUCUUCUACCCCCGUUUCUUAUGUGGGCAGGACUUGCUCAAGUGCGACUGACUGGCUUGACUUGACAUUUCCUUUUGCACCAGGAAAUAAAACUCCUUUUCACUAAUUAACAGGCACAUCUAGUUCUUUUCAAGGGAGAACUGAGGCCACAUGUUAAAGCCGCAACCUGUGUUUGCUUUCUCUCAACUUGGGGCUGGAGCCUGUUUGAUUUCCAGUUUGAAUAAGGUCAAAACCCCAUGCCUGUUUUAUAAAACCACAACUAUUUAUGACUAUAUUGGGUUUUUUGAGGUACAGCCUUUAUGAAAAAGCUGAAAUUCAUCUUCUAACCUCCCGAUGGCAGCAGUCAGAUAUGAACAAACAUUGGCUACGUACCUGGCCUUUUCUAGGUUCUGGUUUGGGGCAAUAUACAGAUGGCCACCCUUGCGAAGUUCAAGGCUAGUAGUAGUUAGCUCAAGAAAGAAUAUUCUUUCCUAUCCCACUCCACCUGUAAUGGUUAAGAUUUAUUUCCUGAUUACAAAAGUAUUACGUAUUCACUAUUUAAAAAAAGGCAAAUAUAGAGAAUUAUAAGAGGAAAAAACAUACUCUUCAUUCCCACAAUUCAGAAUAACAAUCCAGAAUAACUGCCUUUAGUACCUUAGUGUGCUAUCUUUUCUGUAAUUGUUGAAAUGUAGUUGAGACUAUUAUUUUAUGAUUUUCAUAAGCUUUUCUUCAUGUCUAAAAACUCUUUGGAAACUCCAUUUUAAAUAGCUGUAUGAUACCAUUUUAUAGAUUGCUAACUUUUGGAUAUUGGUUGUAUUUCCUAUUUUGAUCAAUUAUUCACGUGAUGAGGAUGCUUGUGAAUUAAUCUUUGCCACCCCCAUUGCCCACCCACCUUUUUAUUAUUCCUUAACCUAGAUUUGCAGAAAUAAAAUUCUUACAUCGAAGGGUCUGAAUAUUUUAAAGACAUCCCCUUUUGAUGCACCUAAAUUACAUAGGAUUAGGAAGGUCUGAGGGAGGAGAGAGGCAGCUGUGGCUCUUGCUCUGUGAAGUGUCCAUCCCUCCUCCUGUGAGUCCAGCCUAACCUAUUUGCUUAGGCCAAGUCUCCUUUGCCCUCCUCACCAGAGCAGAUGUGGGUUUCACUCAUCUUUGGAGGAGGAUGUGGGGAGUGGGUUAGGGGCACUGGACCUGGAAGUAUAGUCCAGCUCUGGCCCAGCUCCACAAACACCACCCAGCCUCUAGCUCUUCAUCUGGAAAGGAAAAUAGUAACCCCCCCAAGGCAAGAGACCAGGCAUUUGCAAAUACUGCAGUGUCCUCAAACCUGCAGUGCUGUCCGUGUCACUGGCAGGUCACGAGUGGUUAGCAGGUCAAGUCAGGCAGCCCUGGGACCUGAUGAGCAAACACAGGAGGAAGAAAAACGUUCUCUCUUCUUUCACCUUAAGGUGGUUCCUUGGCUCAGUGUUGCCAUCAGGCAGGGGGACUUAAGCAUGACUUGUAGGUUUUAUCGGGCAAUGCAGAUUUUCUUCAUGUUUUCUACACAAUUUUGUUUAUAUAAUAGUUUUAUCUUUAUAAAAAUAUUUUUAUUUUAAGUAAUUUCUUCAAACUUUCAGAUGCAA